CUGCACGCUUAUAUUUCCAUCGCCGCCCAGUUUGCUCGAGUGGAUACUCGUGCCUUCGCCAUCAUCGCGCACCAAGCAGCUUGAAACUUGAGGGUCCCUGAGAGCAAUCGCAAUGGCUUUUUAAACGCUGCCUCGCCCAAGAUGCAAAGAAGCCAGCACUAUCACCAGCCCCCAAGAGCUACACAGCAGCAGUAUACAGCACUCCCAGCGUGCAGCAGCCUCCAAUCCAGCCCACACAGAGCCUCGUGCCAGCAGAUAUCAUGUCGCGACUGCUCUCGGAGCUCUCCGUGUCUAGUUCAGCACCGACGCCGUCUCCGAGCAUGGCCCCAGCCUUUGCCCCUGGACCUGCACCACCCUCAUCCCAGGGCGGUCUCACCGUGGAGAUUCUUUUAGCCAUUGCUGUGGCCAGCUUCUUGCUGGUCGCGAUGUUUGUGGGAAUUGCACGAUUUAUGUUCCUGCACCUGAACAACUUCGAGGCCCGCGCCACUGAGAGGGCAGCAGCAGAGGCGGCAGCAGAGGCGGCAGCUUCCGCUGAGAAGGAAGCUGGCGGCGCCAGGAAGCACCUGCAGCGAGUCACCCCUGUCAUUGUCAUCCAGCCUGGCCAGGAGAUUCUGUACGGGCUGAAGGAGCGCCCCACCGCCGGAGAGGGCUGCCCAGAGGUCCACAUCAGCGUUGACUCAUCAGCGCCACCUCAGCACCCAUCACAGGCCCCAAAGACCCCCAAGGGUGCCUACAAAGUCAGGACAUUCUAUGUGGUGAACAUUCCGGACCUUUCACAGCCUUCCUGCCCAACGGACAUAGAUGCUGGGGAGGUGCUAAAGAAGAUCCAGGUGGCAAAGGAGCAUGUGCGCGCACAUAACUUUGUAUAGAACCCCUACGCAGACAUAAGAUGUGUCUUGAUUUGAUAACGCCUUCAUAUCUGCAAUAUGGCCUGGGAGUCAGGUUUUAUGUCAACAGUUCAAGUGUUUGGAUUUUUUGUCGAUAGGUCAUGUGUCAUUUGAAGACCUGUACAGAUCAAGCUGCGCAGCAUGCCAUGGAGCUUCCUAUGGUUUUGGUGGGACCUUCCAUUUUUAAAGGAAUGCAUGCGUGCUCGCUAAUGCAUGAAAACUAGGUAAUGGACAAUUUGGC